AUGCCGGCGUCCAAUAGCCUUCCUGCGCGGGUUGAGCAGGUGAUCAAUAUCAAGGCUGAGCGGAUUCUGCAUCCGUUUUCCCCGUUGACUGUUCAGGAAAUAACGCAAGCUGCUGGGUUGGUCAAAAACGAGUAUCCCGGUGUGGAGCUUAACUUUAAAUGUGUUACAUUGCGAGAACCCGAGAAGGAGGUUAUGAAGGAGUGGUUGAAAGCCGAGGAAGGGUUGAAACCACAAAUUGACCGCAAGGCGUUUGUAGUUUACUAUAUUGCCAGGACGCCGGAUAUUUUCGAAACCGUUAUCAACUUGGGGACCGGAACCUUCGAGUACAAGACAAAACUUGAGGGUCUUCACUCAUGCGCCGAUGGGGAGGAGGUCAUGGAGAUGGAGAGGGUCUGCCUGGCGGAUGAGGGUGUUCAGGCUGAAAUUGCGAAGCUUCAGCUACCUGAGGGUACUAUCGUAAUUGCGGAUCCUUGGAUCUAUGGAUCUGAUGGUGUCGAUGACGAACGAAAGCAAUGGCAAUGCUAUCUCUAUUCCCGAUCCAAGGACAAUGCAGAUGGCAACCACUACGCCAAUCCGAUACCGAUUUCCCCGGUUGUUGAUGUUGCUACUAGAAAGGUUGUUAGAAUUGAUAGACUACCAACUGGAAUCGACGAUACUAUCACCGAUUAUAAGCCUCAUAAACCGAUCCUCAACGAAUACACACCUGAGCACCAAAAGCUCAGAACAGACCUUAAACCAUUGAAUAUCAUCCAGCCGGAGGGUGUGUCCUUUAGGUUCUCCAAAAAUGGCGAGGAACUCGAAUGGCAAAAGUGGAAGUUCAGAGUCGGAUUCAAUCAUCGUGAGGGUAUGGUGAUUUAUAACGUCAGCUAUGACGGACGAGAUGUUUUCUAUAGGUUGUCACUAUCGGAUAUGGCGAUUCCAUAUGCGGACCCUAGGAAGCCGUAUCAUCGGAAGCAGGCUUUUGAUUUGGGAGAUGCUGGCGCUGGGUUGAUGGCGAACAAUCUUAAACUCGGUUGCGACUGCCUUGGAACAAUUGCAUAUCUCAGCUUCCCAAUCGCAGACGAUAAGGGCGAGCCAGUAGUCAUGGAGAACUGUAUUUGCGUCCACGAACAAGAUGCUGGCAUCCAAUUCAAGCAUAUGAACUACCGAACCGGGAACUCCGUUAUUUCUCGUAUGCGAGAGUUAGUUCUCCAAAGCAUCAUUACCGUCGCGAAUUACGAGUAUAUCUUCGCCUUUAUCUUCAACACCGCUGGUGAACUGUCUUAUGAGGUCAGGGCGACUGGUAUUUUGUCGACUGCGCCUCUUGACCCCGAGAUUAAGGAUUGUCCAAAUUUUGGUACCAUUGUUCAUCCUGGAGUUUUAGCCCAACAUCAUCAGCAUAUCUUCUCCCUGAGAAUCGACCCUGCUAUCGAUGGAUUCGGUAACAAGGUUAUCUAUGAAGAAGCCAAACCGAUGGAACGCGAUGAUCCUUUCAACCCUUUUGGAACUGGUUACUACAUCACCGAAACCAAGGUCGAAACUGAAGGAGGCUUCCUAGAAUCACCAGAGAACAAUCGUGUUUUUAAGAUCCAAAAUCCAAAGCAUCUCAAUCCGGUCAACAACAAGCCAGUGGGAUAUAAGAUCCAGGCACCACCGUUCCAAAAGCUGUUGGCAUCGCCGGAUAGCUACCAUUUCAAACGGGCGGAGUUUGCGGAUAAGGCGGUGUACGUAACGAAAUACAAAGACUGGGAGCUUUAUGCAGCUGGAAUGUAUACAAACCAGAGCCGUGGUGGGCAUGGUAUUAGAGAGUGGGUUAAGAGAGGGACGAAGUUCGAUACUGAAGAGGGAGAUGACAUCGUUGUUUGGGUUCAAUUUGGAAUCAACCAUAUUCCUAGAAUUGAGGACUUCCCCGUGAUGCCGGUUGAGACACUAAGAGUCCACCUGAAACCCGUCAAUUUCUUUGAUAAGAACCCAGCGUUGGACUUGCCCCCUUCGACACAAUCAAUCAACAAGUCAGUUUUACUGAAUGUGGACGGAAACAAUCAUAAACAAGGUGGAGUAGAGGCGGAGAUUGGCGGUGAUGGUGAAGUCGCUGCAGUUCACUCUUCUAGCGGGAGCGGAGCUUGCUGCCAGUAG